ACACACACACACACACACACACACACACACACACACACACACACACACACACUUCUGACAUUGUCUCUGGAGGAAGCAAUGAAUUCAGGAUGUGGUCUGGGUCCUAGAGCCAGUGGAAAUAUUUCUUCAUUAAAUCUGUGUGUGUGUGUGUGUGUCAGUGUUAAUUUCGUUGACUAAAUAUUUUCGUCAUUUAUUUCGUCACAAAUAUUUUUUUUCAGACGAAAACGAAACGAAAACUAAAAUAGAAGUCAUUCAUUGAGACGAUGACGAUAAGUAAAUUGAUUGACAAUCUCGUCAACAAAUAAAAGACUAAACGAAAAUACACAGUGACGAAAUCCAAUCAGAGAAGAGAAUCAUACGUGGGAAGAAGAAAAGAACCACUCAGAAAAGCGAACAGGCAGGAUUAAGAAGAUAAAGAGCCAAUCAGAGGCCGACUUCUUGAGACCGGAACUGGAGCGAGCGCUCGUUUGAAGCUGGCUCCCGGGAAGAAAGCAGACAGCUCACGAAGAGGAUGCAAUGUUAAAAGUUCGAGAAAAUGUCCACAGCUGGAAGAAAGCGACGACAAGAUUUGUGGGCCCAUUUCACGUUUAACGAUGAAGAAAAUAAAACGAAGUGUAAAGAAUGUGAAGCGGUCAUACGCGGAAAGAACACGACCAACUUAAAGAGACAUCUACAAAAUGUCCAUCCCGCCUUGUUCUCUCAGUUGCAGAAAUCUACUGAUGAAGGUGGUGAACCAAGUGUCAAGAAAGCAAAAAUACUACAUCAGGACAUUGCAAAGGCUCUAUUAAGUACUGUUAAGUAUAAAAGUGAUGCCAAAGAACAACAAAUUAAAGAGGAUGCUAUUGCCAAAUGGAUUGGACGUACAGGGUUGCCAGUCACCACAGUCGAAGAUGAGGAUUUCAUUCUGAUGAUUGAGACAUUUGAUAAAAAACUCACUGUGCCAAAGAAAACAAAGAUAAGCAAUCUGAUUGAGAAACAAUAUGACACAGAAGUGACAAAGUUUAAAAAAAGACUGUCAGGUGCCCGGAAAGUUUCCAUUGGGAUUGACCUCUGGACUAAAAAGGGACUGACUGCAUCAUUUUUGGCAAUAAGCUGCUGCUAUUUUUGUGUUGAACAAAAUAGACCAGAACACAAACUGUUGGCUCUUGAACAAGUUGCCCAUCCACACACAGCUCAGUCCAUUAAGGCCUGUGUGCAUAAGUGCAUACAAGAAUGGGGCAUUUCAAGUGAGAAAAUACUCACUGUUAUAACUGACAAUGGGAGCAAUAUGGUGGCGGCAUUUAAACAGUCUACUCAAGAAGAGGAAGAGACCAGCUCUGAUGAUCCAGAUGAGUUCCACCUGGGCGAGAAUGAAUCAGAGGAGGAGACAGAAGAUGUUCGGUACCAAAACAUGGACAUGGAUAUGGAACGAAUGCCCUGUGUGGUCCAUACACUGCAGCUCGUGGUCCAGAUGAUAAACAAGGAACCAAGUGCAAAGAGACUCCUUGACAAAGCGCGCUCAAUUGUGAAGCUCUUUCGAAAGUCUUCUGUUGCAACACAGAGAAUUUUAGAUGAGUGCGGCUUGAUUGUUGUAAAUGACUGCCCCACACGCUGGUCAAGUACCUUCAACAUGAUUGAACGACUCCUGAAAGUUAAAGAAUCUCUUUGCAAAGUAGCUAAUGAAAUGGGGUGGGACAGUUUGCUGUCUAGUGAGUGGCAAAAGCUCAAGUCAUUGCAUGAGCUUCUUUUGCUUUUUGCUGAGCACACACAAACUCUUCAAAGUGACACCAUGUCAAUGUCACUGAUUGUCCCUGCUGUCUUGGAUUUAGUUAGCCACCUUGCUGAUUUUGAGCAAAAUACAAAUCAUCGUGACUUUGCUGCUCUUGCACGAAAAGCUAAACUGAACUUAAAGCAGCGGUUUGCUUGGGUAUUGGAUCCAACAGAUGAAAAGUUUUCCCCUCUUGUGGCAGCUGCUCGUUUUCUCAACCCCACUGUGUGUGAAACCCUUCUUGAUGUUGCUGAGGAGAGUAUUCAGGAGCUCCUGAAGCAGGCAGAGGGGUAUGUGGUCCAGAGCACUCAGACACAUGAGGAUAACCGUGAUGAUGAUGAUGACAAUGUGGAGGAAAUGAAAGGGCAAGUGCGAGAUCCAACACCUGAUCCAGCACCUGAAUCGGCACCAUCCUCUUCAUCAAAGCAACCAGUCUUUAGAUUUCUCUCCAAGUGCCGUUCCAAGCCCAAACCAAAGUCCUCCACAUGUGGCAUCAAGUAGCAGAUAAACAAAUAUAAGGAAGAGCUCUCACAAGCCAUGACUUUUGAAACAGGAGUAGAGUUUUGGCAGAGCAAAUGUGAUGCAUUUUACUCCAGUUUGAAACCAUUAGCUUUGGAUCUGUUGACAAUGCCAGCUUCCCAAGCUUUUGCCGAGAGAGUGUUUAGUGUCACAGGGGACCUCACAAGGGGAAAGCGUAACAGAGCAAGAGUCACAUUAGCACGAAGUGCUUUCCUAAAAAUGAACCGAAGUAAAUAAAUGUCAGCCGUCUCUGAUUGUGUUCCCAGCAUUCCUGUAGGAAUGGGACUGUAGGGAAGGACUAUUCACUUUGUUUAAUGUUCAAACAUGGUUACAUUCAUUGUGCUGCUAUAGAUCAUUUGAAGCAAUUCUGCACCUUUUUUAUUUAUUUUUUGAAAACUUAAGUUUUAAGACUUGAUAUUAUCAUUUCAGUGUUUUUCAUCGAAACAAAGUGAAAUAAAGCGUAAUAGAGCAAGAGUCACAUUAGCACAAAGCGCUUUCCUUAAAUUCAAUGGAUGUAAAUAAAUGUUGGCCUUCUCUUAUUGUGUUCCCAGCAUUCCUGAAUGGGACUGGAAGGACUGUUCACUGCACUUUGUUUAGAUUGAUGUUCAAACAUUCAUUGUGCUGCUAUAGAUCAUUUGACGCAAUUCUGCACUUUUUUUAUUUUUUUUUUAAACUAAGCUUUAAGAUUUAAUAUUGUCAUUUCAGUGUUUUUCAUCAAAGCAAAGUGGAAUAAAGACACUUGU